AUGGGUUGUGGUAUAUUGACGACUUAUGCUCAAAUUGGUAACAUUAGUGGACUUCAUGGUCUAUUGGUGUACACGCUUUCAGGCUCCCUACCAAUCCUCAUGUUUGCAGCUGUCGGCCCGCUAAUUCGUCGAAGAUGUCCUGAAGGCUUCGUUUUCACUGAAUGGGUAAGGCAAAGGUAUGGCGCCGUUGCAUCUUUGUAUCUUUCGUUCUUCACUUGUCUCACCAUGUUCUUGUUCAUGAUCGGUGAGUUGUCAGCUGUAAGAGGCGCUAUCGAAACACUCACUGGCAUUGACGCUUUGGCUGCUGUCAUCGUUCAGUGUGUGGUGACUACCAUUUACACAUCUUUUGGUGGAUUCAGAGUCAGCUUCAUUACUGACAAUUUCCAAGGAGCUUUGGUAAUUGUUUUGGUUAUCAUCUGUGCUGCUGGAAUGGGCUCAUAUAUUGAAAUUGAUACCUCCGCAGUCGGGCCAUCUGGGUUAUUAGAAGCCAACAAGUUGGGCUGGCAAUUGGUAUGGAUUUUGCCAGUGGCCAUUUUUACAAAUGACUGCUUCAUGGCAGGUUUUUGGUUGCGAACCUUCGCUAGUAAAACAGACAAGGAUCUUUGGAUUGGGUGCUCAAUUGCGUCUUUCGUCACAUUUGUCAUUUGUACCUUGGUGGGCACCACCGGUUUCCUUGCUGUAUGGUCUGGAGAUCUUGAAAGAGGAGAUGACGAGGGCUACAAUGCCUUCUUCAUUUUAUUGUCUAAGAUGCCUGCCUGGCUUUCGGCGUUUGUGUUGAUCUUUGUGAUCUGCUUGUCUACAUGUACUUUUGAUUCUUUACAGAGUGCUAUGGUGUCAACUAUUUCAAAUGAUGUCUUCAGAAAUAGACUCAAAAUGAUUUGGGUUCGUGGCUUGGUCGUUCUUGUCAUGAUUCCCUCUAUUGUAUUGGCGGUUAAGGUUGCAGAUGACAUCUUGCAAAUCUACUUGAUUGCUGACUUGGUUUCGGCGGCAAUCAUUCCAAGCAUUUUCCUUGGAUUGAGUGACAGAUACUUUUGGUUUCUCAGAGGCUGGGAUGUCAUGGUAGGUGGUCUUGGGUCUUUACUUGGUGUGUUUGUGUUUGGAGCAGUCUACUAUAACAGUGCUGAAGAGGGUGGUAAACUCAUGUUGAUCUGGAAUGGUCUUUACGACCUGGAAGAUUGGGGCCCCUUCGGUGCGUUUACGGUCACAUUCUGCGGUGGCGUUAUCUUCGCUCUUAUGUUUGCCGGUUUAAGACUUGCUGCGCUUUAUAUUUACUCAUGGAUCACCGGGAAUUCGUUUACGGCUUGGGACAGAAAGGAGACGAUGCUUGAUCUCGUACCACACGAAUCGCCAUCAGUAGAUGAUUCGAGUAUCAAGAAAACCUCCCUGGUUGAGGCAUAA